AUUUUGUCAUAUGUUAGAGCUUGCUUUAUAAUGCGGCAGGAGAAAGGAAUAUUCACAGUCAGCAGCCGUCUUCACUAGAAGUACAUUGUUCAGUACAAAGACAGUUUUAAAUCAGACAUCAUGCAAAAAUUCGUGUUGGUAGCCCUUGCUCUAGUCGCCGCGGCGGCCGCUGCGCCCCAGCAAGCUGUUCCAGAACCAAUCUACAUACUCAAACACGACGCCAUUGUCAACCCAGACGGAUACAACUUUGAGUUUGAGACAAGCGAUGGCACCCAGCGUCAAGAAAGCGGUACACUGAGGCAAAUCUCUGAAGAUGUCAAGGCGCUGGCAGUGCAAGGCAGCUACAAAUACGCCGCCCCCGACGGUCUCAUUUACACCGUGACGUACGUGGCCGACGAACACGGCUUCCAGCCCCAGGAACGCGUCGAACACCCCGGACAAUAAAUUGGAAUAAUCUGGCAAUACUUAGUUAACAUCACAUCAAUGAGUUCUAACACCCAUUCACCAAUCGACAAACAACUUAAAAACAAAUGAUGUCAUCGAACCAGGACGAUGUCGUCAUUUUGGGCAAUUCGCUAUUGAAUUUAGGUUGUAAGCUUGCUGAUUUCAUGGCAUAUUGAAAUAGGAAAUAUCUCCAUAGACUAUUUAACUAAUGACUUCUGAGUGUUGACAAUUGUUAUUCCAUUAUAUUAAUGGGUUCGUUUGUGAUUUUUGUAUCGAUUUCUAUUUUUUUUACUGUUUUUAAUCUUUAAAUAAAUGUUUUGUUUCAUA